CGGUACACAACAAUACGUAUUUUGAUAUUGUCACCGCGUUUUAUGAUACACCUAAUUGUUGAGUGUAAAACACGCGAGUUUCCAAAGAGGUAUACAAAUAAUCGCGUUGAAAACAAAAUCGCUGCUGCCAGUUCGUUACACAUACAUGUUACGAUAAUACGUACAGUUGCUAUAAAUUUUAAUAAUACACCUCGCGCGAGCUCAACUGACAGAAAAAAACAUGUCCCUCGAUCAAACUGUUUGCGAAGAUCUCAAGGCAUUCGAAAGACGUCUUACUGAAGUGAUCACCGGUUAUCAACCGUCUACAUUGAGAUGGAGAAUUUUACUGGGCUUCGUUUCAAUUUGCACGGCUGUUGGUGCUUGGUAUUGGCUUACAGAUCCUAAUACAUCUGCUGUAUCGUUCCCACAGAGUUUAUGGAAUCACCCGUUCUUUACUUUAUCCUGUUUUACUUUGGUAAUAUUAUUCUUGAUUGUGGGGAUUCAUCAAAGAGUUAUUGCCCCGAGUAUAAUGACUCAAAGGACAAGAGUUGUUCUGGGAGAUUUCAAUAUGAGCUGUGACGAUACGGGUAAACUAAUUUUGAAACCAACAAGGCCACCCCACCUACAUGAUUAAUAAAAUAUUAUGAUCAAUAAUUGUAAAAUACCACUUUAUUAAAUUAAUUGAUCAAAUAUUUUAUUACUGAUAUUGUACAAAGAUGUAAUUUAGGACUUACAAGGGAAUGUAAAUUAAAUUUGAAUUUAUUGUAAAAAAUGAAUAUAUUAUUUGUUCUGAGUUUUAUUUUAUGUAAAUGAGAAAUGUGAAAGAGGAUUUUAAAGUAUAUAUUACGCUUAACUGUAAAAAGACUGAAAGACUGUAUACCAAGGGCUUGUAUAUUACCAAUUAAAUCUCAGUAUGUAAAUAAAUCAAUCAUACAGAUAUAUCAAGAAA